CAAAGUUACAUUACUGAAAGUAAUAUGAUCCAUAGAUGCUGGAUAGAUAAAAUUGUUAGUCGGAAACCUCUUCAUUUACAACCAUUUGAAAAUGUAUUGUACAUCGAAAUAGUCUGAAGGUCAGGGGCCGUACUUCCAAUUUUUAUGCUUAGCUAUGGAUUUCAUCCAAGAUCUUCGGCAAUCAGAAUCCAAAAGACCCAGCCCAUCUAUCUUGGAAAUAUUUGAUGUUCUGUGUAAUAAUGAGGGAGGGGACUGUUUUGAGUAUCCACUCGUUUCAGAUCGAAUUGUCAAGAUGGUCAAUUCAGCAAGCAAAAGACGUCUUGGUAAACUAGAUACAUUUAUGGUGCUCGAAUAUCUCUGUUCAAAAAACGUGCCUCCAGUGUCUGUUCUCACAGCUCUAUUAUUCAUUGAGAAACUUGUAGUAACCGAUCCUUAUUCAUCUUUAUUGACUGAAGUUACAGCAGUUGAUCUUUUUGCUGUAUCAAUGGUAGUGGCAUCUAAAUAUUUACAUGACGAUGAUACGGACUAUGGAAUGUACAAUGCAGAAUGGGCAGACGAAUUCGAUAUGGAUCUUAAAGAGUUGAACGAACUUGAAGUCAAAUUCGUUUCCGCUCUUAAUUGGGAGUUUUUUGUAACUAGAGCGCAAAUACUCCAAUUUGGUUUUGAGAUCGGGGUCUUUCGUCAGAUUACCAAGUGUGAUUCAUUUGGCGACAAACCCGAGUUCAAUGUAUAUUCUAUGUUGUCACAUAUUUCCCAAAUUUUUUUGAAGUAUUCUAGACACCACACUUCACCCGAAAUUAAGAGAGUAAGCAAAAUUCUAUUAGUCUUGGUGCUCGCUUAUCUGGGUGCUGACCAAUUUUCUCAAUAUUCUUUGGAAACAAAAUACGCUGAUCAAAAUCAAACACAUCUUUCUACGAUCGUUGUAAGUCAAUGUCCAGAUAAUAUUCUGUCAAAUAUGACUCAGUCAGACGAAGUAACAAAUGUUAAAAACCAAAAUAUUGAAGUAUGUACAAAAGACUUGACAUGCAGGUAUCAUAGCCAAUAUGAAUCCGUAUCUUACUCGUAUUUUAAAGAAACUGAUCCGACUACACGAAUGAUAAACUGUCCAACAUGAAAGUUUACUCAAUUAUCUAGUUCCUUAAGUAUUUCCACUCAGCAAAUCUUAAUAUUUUUCACUCUUCAGGUACUCCAAGAUUCUCAAUGGUACUAACAUUUCUAUUAUUUUAAUACCGAUCUUCAUCAGUUGUGUAUAUAAAGAAAAUGUUUUGAAUGUAUCCUUCCCUCCAGGCUUGUUUUCGAUCGUUUUUAGUGACUAAUCUGAGCAAGUUAUGCCAAAUACUAAAUGAAUAGGAUGAUAUUGUUGCUAUCAUGUUUUUGUUUUUAAGGCACAAACAAGUGUCGUCAUCAUUAUUAGUCCUAAUGAACGAACACUCAAGUGGGGGCAACCGAUUGUAUUUUCGUGCGAAAUUACAGUAUCUUGACAAAAUGUAAAAACCGUACAUAAAAUAUUUCACUUUCGAAAUUCCAUCACUUGUCCUUCGCAUUCUAUAUGAUUCUUCCAGUCUAUAAUUCCUUUCGAUUCUCUUCAACUUGAUCUGCUGCCCGGUUUUCCCCUUCCGAUUGGUGUUACAUACUACUUAUGCCCGCCGACAUAAGUAGCAUACACUACACUCGCCCCCAUCCUAAAGGAUGGCAUAACAAGAAAUUCGUAAUCACAUUGAAAAUGGAAUUUUCUGUGAAACUCCUAAAUUCUCAGUCAUCAAUUUUGACCGUUUUCGAAACUGACAGUUAGUGUAAUGUAUAAUUUAGCUACAGUUAAUAAACUACGUUGCCGUUACCUGCCUUCAAAAUCGAAGUUUUAUUCGGCAGCUUGGUUAUAUCAUCACUUCCUA